AUGAACAGCUUUGUGAAUGACAUCUUCGAGCGUAUUGCUGCCGAAGCAUCUCGUUUGGCUCAUUACAACAAGCGCUCAACCAUCACCAGUCGGGAAAUCCAAACGGCUGUGCGCCUACUGCUGCCGGGAGAGUUGGCCAAGCACGCUGUUAGUGAGGGAACCAAGGCUGUCACCAAGUACACAAGCUCCAAGUAAAUUUGUUUCUCUGCAGAGCAAAACCCAAAAAGGCCCUUUUCAA